AUGGGCGGGAUCGGCAAGACCACCCUUGCCAAAGCAGUCUAUAACAGAUUACAUUCCAGUUUCGAAGCCUGCAGCUUUCUUGCAAACGUCCGAGAAGUAUCAUCACAUGCCAAUGGCGUUGUCACCUUGCAAGAACAGCUGCUCCGUGACAUUUUCAGGGACAAUAAAACACGUAUAAGCAACAAGGACGAAGGCAUCAGCCAAAUCAGAAGACGAAUUGGUGGUAAGAAAGUUCUUAUUGUUAUCGACGACGUUGAUCAUAAAGAUCGACUUGACGAAUUGGCUGGUAGUCGAGAUUGGUUUGGUGGUAAAAGCAGAAUCAUCAUCACCACUAGAGAUGAAAAGGUGCUAAGUUCGCGGCUGCAUGUCAUCUACAAGCUUGCAGAAUUGGAUUGUGCCCAAUCGCUUCAACUUUUCAGUUGGCAUGCGUUUGGGCAGCCUGAGCCAAGGCCGGAAUACGGCGAAUUGUCGGAGAAAGUUGUUGCUGGUGGUUUACCUUUAUGCCUUAAAGUAUUUGGGUCGCUCUUCUAUGAUAUCGAAAGUUUUGACGAAUGGAACUCGAUGUUGGAAAAGCUGAAAAGAGUCCAAGAUAAAGAAGUUCAUGAGAGAUUGAGAAUUAGCUACGACGGACUUGAUGAGGAAACAAAGUGCAUAUUCUUGGAUAUAGCAUGUUUUUUCAUUGGGAAGGACAGAAAGAAUGCGGUUUCCAUGUGGAAAGGUUCUAAACUCUCCAAUUCCUGCAAUUCGAAUCUUAGAGCGUAA